UGACUAUUGGCUGGGCGGCACCAGGAAGACGCAACUGAAAAGGCAGUGCAUGAACGGAGUAAACUUAUAUGAGCAUAAAACAUCAAUGAAUCGCUUAUAACUAUCCAUAACGCUUUAAACAAACACUGUGGCCGGUACCUUUUUAACCCUGGCAUUUGGGGUCAGUUACUAUGGAGGAAACAAACCGAGAGGCCGUCGCCACAGCAGUCCAGAGGGUUGCCGGGAUGCUGCAGCGCUCUGACCAGCUAGACAAAGUGGAGCAGUACAGACGAAGAGAGGCACGCAAGAAAGCAUCCGUGGAGGCCAGGUUAAAGGCUGCCAUUCAGUCCCAGUUGGAUGGGGUACGAACAGGCCUCACACAGCUCCAUAAUGCUCUGUGUGAUGUUAAAGACAUCCAGAACUCUCUGGCAGACGUGAGUAAAGACUGGAGACAGAGCAUUAACACUAUAGAGAAUCUAAAGGAUGUGAAAGACGCUGUGGUACAGCACAGUCAGCUGGCGUCAGCCGUGGAGAACCUAAAAAACAUUUUCUCAGUACCUGAGAUUGUACGAGAGACCCAAGAUCUGAUCGAACAGGGUGAGAUGCUUCAAGCUCAUCGUAAGCUAAUGGAUCUUGAGUGCUCACGCGACGACCUCAUGUAUGAGCAGUACCGCAUGGACAGCAAGAAUGUAAUCGACAUGAACCUCAUUCGUGGCUACUUUGGCCAGGUGCAGGGCCUGUCUGAAGAGCUCUCCAAACAACUGUGGAUGGUCCUUCAGCGCGCCAUGGUCACCGUCCGCAGCGACCCUACCAUGCUAGUGUCCGUAAUUCGAAUCAUUGAGCGUGAGGAGAAGAUCGACCGCAAGAUGCUGGACCGCAAAAAGCAGACUGGAUUCAUCCCGCCUGGAAGACCCAAAUCCUGGAAGAACCGAAUGAACGAAGUCCUGGAGGGAACGGUGAGCGGCCGCAUCGAAAGCACGCAGUCAGAGACACGGGAAUCCGAUAAAAUGUGGCUGGUGAGGUUGCUGGAGAUCACCAGGAAGUAUGUGCUGGAUGAUCUAGUUGUGGUGAAGAACCUAAUGGUCCAGUGCUUUCCUCCACACUACAACACCUUUCAGGUGUUCUUUGACCUCUAUCGCAAAUCGGUGUCGGCACGAGUACAAGAGCUGGCAGCCGAAGAUCUCGAAGCCAAUGAGAUCGUAUCUCUUCUCACCUGGGUCCUCAACACAUAUAAAAGUGUGGAUAUGAUGGGUCAUCCCGAUCUUCAGCCGGAGUGUGAUGUGAAGCAGAUGGAGCCUCUGUUACCUGAAAAAGUGGUGGAUGAUUUGCUGGGCAAAUACCUCAAAACAUUUACUUCAAACAUCACAGGCUGGCUCCGCAAAGCUCUGGAAACAGACAAGAAAGACUGGCAGAAGGAAACAGAGCCUGAUGCCGACCAGGACGGCUACUACCAGACCAGCUUACCUGCCAUUGUCUUCCAGAUGUUUGAGCAAAAUCUUCAGGUGGCAGCUCAGAUCAACGAGACCUUUAAAGAGCAGGUGCUGAAGGUCUGUCUAAAGCAGAUGAACUCAUUCUUAGUAAGGUACAGAGAGGAGGCGAUCGCUUAUAAGGAGGAACACCUGAAAGUUCGUCAGCUCCCACAGUGCUACGUUCAGUACAUGAUCGCCAUCAUCAACAACUGUCAAACGUUUAAGGAGUCUAUAAACAGCCUGAAAAGGAAGUACUCUCAGUCGACCGAACCCACUCAAAACGAUGCUGCCAUAGACAAGCUUCUGAAUGAGGUGGCUAAAGAGGGCUGUCAGUUCCUGCUGGAUGAGGUCUUCUUGGACCUGGAGCAUCAUCUUAAUGAGCUGAUGACCCGGAAGUGGCUUACAGGCUCUCAUGCUGUAGACACCAUCUGUGUCACCGUGGAGGACUACUUUAAUGACUUUUCCAAAAUUAAGAAGCCCUAUAAUCAGGAAAUGACAUGUGAAGCUCUUCGGCGUGUCGUGGUGGAGUAUCUGAAGGCCGUCAUGCAGAAACGCAUCUCCUUUAAAAAUGCAGACGAGAGGAAAGAGGGAGCAGACAGAAUGAUAAAAGAGACCGAGCAGUUCAAAUUCCUCUUCAAGAAACUCUCUGCUGGAGAAGACACAGACCGGCUGUGUGAUUCCAUCAGUUCCAUCGCUGAAGUCUUCAAACUGACUGACCCUGGACUGCUGUACCUGGAGGUGUCCACCCUGGUGUCCAAGUAUCCUGACAUCAGAGAGGAACACAUUGUGGCCUUGCUCGCUGUCCGUGGUGAUGCCAGUCGAGAAAUGAGACAGAUGAUCAUAGAGACACUAAACCAGAACAAGCCGGCUUCUUCCUCCGUCACUCAGCCUGUCUUCCGAGACAUCACCGUGCCAACCAUCACCAUGACAGCCAUGACAGCCAUGACUGUACCUAAACUGCUGAAAUAAUAUGACCUUUGACCCCUUUAUUAAGCCACUAACAGGCCACAGAGGGGAGGGUUGACUCCCAUAAUGCAGAAAAUUUGCUGCCAUCUUAAUGGAAAUAUCUCAGUGACGUUUGAACAGCUGCAGCUCCUGUUGAGAUGUAUGUUACCACAUACAGCUUCAUUGAUUUAUGACUUGAUGUACUGUAAUGUUUGUGGUAAUGUUUUUUUUUCUUCUAACGGGCAAUUCUGGAUGUAAUUGAAAUGGUCAUAAAAUCAAUAGACCAAGAAUUAAGGGGAUAGUUCUCCCUCACCCUCAUGUCGUUUCAAAUGCAAAUUACAUUCUUGUAUUCGUGAAACACAAAAUGAGAUGUUUUGAAGAACAUCCAAGCUUCUAUUUUCCAAUCAGUGACCAGGGGCGUUAAAGCACCAAAAUGGACAAAACGUCCCAUAAAAGUAGUCUAUAUGAUUUGUGCAAUAUUCCUAGUCUUCUGAAGUCAUACUAUAGUUUUGUGAGGGGUUUUACAAAGCCACUUGGUGGACAGGGAAGACAUUUUUUUACCAUGGCUUUACAAUAGUUAUAUUAUAGUUACCAAUACUGUAGUAACCAUGUUUAUUUUUGUUUUGUUUUUUCAGAAUCCAUGGUUUGGAUACAAUUAGCCAAGGUUUUAUGACAGUAAUGCUAUUGUAUUCAUAUUGCAACCAUUGUUUUACUGUAACAAUAUUGAAGAGUAAUACCAUGACUGUAGCAACCAUGGUUAAUUUUGUGGUAAUUGUAGUUUUAUUAAAAAUGCCAUAGUUUAACUAUGGUUAAUGUAUUAUUUUCAGAAGGGUUAACCAUGGUUUUAGUUCUUGAACUAUAGUACUUUUAGUGAAACCAUAACCCCAAAAACUGGCCAUGGUUGUACUACAGUCACCAUAUUUUAAACAUGACAUUCGUGUUAAAAAUGUAGUUAUAAUACAGGAAAACUAAAACUAUGGUAAUACAAAUUACAAUCAUGUGCCAAAAACAACAACUAACAACGUUUUUAUUUAUUUUUUAUUUACUAAACUAACACCAUAGUUCAUUUGUGAUGCAUGUUACAGGUGGACCGAAUUGGAUUUUGCCGAUACCGAUAACCUAGUUGGUCGGAAAGGCAGAUAACCUGUUAAUCGGAUAAUAGUUUUUCAAAUCGAUUUAUAGAAUGUCAAUCAUUGUUAUUAUUCUUUCCUUACUAUGAUGGGCACAGACAAAGGGACCUGAAUGAAUAUAAUCCCAGAUGCAGUUUAUUGUUUAAUCAUAAUCCCAAAAUUCAGAUUGGGUGCUUAAUACAGGACUUUUAAGUAUAAACAUGCCCGAAACACACACUUAUUUUGAAAUUUUGAAAUUCUGAAAAAAUAAACCAAUAUCAGCAACAAUCAGCAAAGAUUUUUGCAGGUAACGACUACUGGCACAGAUUAAUUGGUAAAACUGAUAUAUCUCUAGUAUAUGUACCACACUCCAAAAAUAUUUCUGCCUAUAUUUUAUAAUUUCCUAACAAAAUUCCAUCAAAUUGAAUUGUGAAAUUUGUACAAAAUUAACUUUAAUAGUUAAUAAUUAAUCAAUUCAAAUUUUUGAAAUUGUGUUAUGAAAUUGAAAUGUGUAAAUCUUAAAAAUAUUGUAUUUUUUUUUUAUGCAUGUUCUUAAAAAAAAAAACGUUACUGCAGGUUUACUAUUGUGGAACUAUGGUUUUACUUAACUCAGAUUAACCAUUGUGUUGCUUGUAAAACUAUAGCAACUUUUGUCAGAUUUUUACUUCCAUAGUUUUGGUUUUCCCUUAAUUAUUACACUGGUUUUGCUAUGAAUAUCACAGUUAAAAUGUAGGAAAGCCAUGGUCAAUCUUUUGUUCAUGGUUUUACAGCAAAUAUGGUUACUGCAGUAAAACUAUGGUUAAGUUAUUAUGUUUUAACUACAAAAACAUUUGUUCAGCUAUGGUAACUGUAGUAAAAUCAUAGUAAAUGUUUUGAGAUGGAAUGCAAAACUGUCCGAAAAUAAAUUCCCUCCCUGUCCUCUAAGGGGCAAGAGAUGUCACUUGGAUUCUGCCACUUUUGUGUAGUUCAUUCACAUGAAUAAUGUACAAUCACCGUUUGAUUUCUCUACUGCUAGAGUGUGUCCUGAUGGUUGCUAUCAUGAAUUCCAAUGAACCACAGAAUUCAUUAAUUCUAGCAUGUCAGUUUUCAUUUCAAUAAAAGUCUGUCUUCAGGAACACUGAUUGAUGCACACAAAAUUAUUUAUGAUAUUGUAUAACCCAAAGGUCAUGUCUGUUUGCACCCACAUGCCCCCCUGAUCCUGCAGUGUCUGCCAGCUUUUGUGGCCAUUCAUAAUUUUAAAAACGUAUCUCUCCUCAUUUGCUGGGCUCUGUGUGCGUGCCAGUGGAGCUUGUAUCUGAGCGUUGGGCUGCUGUAUGUACAGGGGGAGGAGAGGGGGUGGAUCACCUGCAGGACUGCAGCUGAUUCCAGCACGCAAGCUCACGACAUCGGCUCUGAUCACAGGAGUACAUGCACACUCUGGGGCAGGGUGCUCAGAAAUCGAUUUGUAACCUUCACAUCAUUUAUGUAAUUUCAUUAAUUAGACUGUGUUAAUCCCAAAUGUUUGGAAUGGAAUUGAAUACUAUAGUACUUGCUGACCAGUGAGCAGUAUGUACUGUAAACUGCCUACUAUUAAAAAAAAGUGAGUGAGUGGUGGUGUUAUCACAGAAAUACGGUUCAUUUGCAUUCAUUAUUUAGUUUUUGCUGUUUGAUCAAAGGAGUUGAGAAAAAGGUUAAUUGUGGUUGAUAUUGUUGUGGUUCAUUCUUCACACUGGAAAUGGUGUCAGGUAUUAAACUAAAGGUAAAGUUCAGUGAAUUGUAUUGUACGUAUUCCACGUAAUCCAGUGUGCUCUGAUUGCAUAAUUGACAUAUUGGCAAGUGUAGUAGGUCACAUGGGUUAUAAAUAAAUACAGAAAAAUUGCUUACUGUGUAAUUAAGAAAUAGUAAGUGAAGUAUGCCAUUCUGAACACAGCCAGUUAGGGUUUGGCAUCUAUAUAUGGUGGUGGCGUAGUGGGCUAAAGCACAUAACUGGUAAUCAGAAGGUUGCUGGUUCAAUCCCUGCGGCCAUCCCCAUUGUGUCCUUGAGCAAGGCACUUAACUCCAGGUUGCUCCGGGGGGAUUGUCCCUGUAAUAAGGGCCCUGUAAGUCACUUUGGAUAAAAGCGUCUGCCAAAUGCAUAAAUGUAAAUGUAAAUAUAUCCUUUUUCCUUACACUCCUUUUAUAAAAUUCCAACUAACAAAUAGAAUUGUGUUAUAUUUAACUAAAUUAAUAAAACUUUAAAUAUUACGUUUAUUAUGUCAAAGUAAAAGAUUACUUAAUUACAUUUUAAAGAAUAUUUGUUUUAAAAUUAAAAUGUGUAAAUCCUAAAAUUAUCAUUUACUCCCCCUCAUGCCGUCCCAGAUGUGUAUGACUUUCCUUUUUUUGCUGAACACAAAUGAAGAUUUUUAGGAGAAUAUUUCAGCUUUGUAGGUCCAUACAAUGCAAGUGAAUGGUGACCAAAAUUUGUAGCUCUAUAAAGCACUUAAAGGCAGCUUAAAAGUAAUCCAUAAGAAUCCAGUGGUUUAAUCCAUGUCUUCUGAAGUGAUCCAAUCAGAUUUGGAUGAGAACAGGUCAAAAUAUGCCUCCUGUUUCACUGUACAUCUUGCCAUUGCAGUCUCUAGGCCCAAUCAUGUUUGUCUCUUAACAAAGCAUUUAAGUUCUACUUAUAAUGAGCAAUCUAAGUUCUGUUUUGGGAGACAGCGGCGAGCGUUAAUUAACAUGAUCAUAAAGGUUUAAGUUGCAACUUGUUAUCAGGAAACUCUAUAUAAUUUUUUUGUUGUAAUACACAUUCAUUUAUUCCCACUUAUCCUAUGUGAGGUUGUGAAGGUACUGGAGCCAUC